AUGGACCUGAUUGGUUUUGGUUAUGCAGCCCUGGUGACAUUCGGAAGCAUUUUGGGAUAUAAGCGGAGAGGUGGUGUUCUGUCUCUGAUUGCUGGUCUUUUUGUUGGGUUUUUGGCUGGCUAUGGAGCUUACCGUGUCUCCAAUGACAAGCGAGAUGUAAAGCUGUCACUGUUUACAGCUUUCUUCCUGGCCACCAUAAUGGGGGUGAGAUUUAAGAGAUCCAAGAAAAUCAUGCCAGCUGGACUGGUUGCAGGUUUAAGCCUCUUGAUGAUCCUGAGACUUGUCUUACUGCUGCUUUGA